AUGGCGGCCUCAAUUAUCCGCCCAGAGCGCGGCCAAAUCUCUGGCCAGGCAAAAAUAGACCUCUUGUUAGUUGGAGACCUCACUGUUCAGUACCUGGCAGAUAUUGCACAGAAAUCCUUUUCAAAUAUUGCAAAAGUCACCAUAACCAUCAGGGAUGUGGGGCAGGCAGCCGCACUGCUGAAGGACCGCCCAUUUGACAUGGUUUUCCUGAAGAUGACUUCUUUGCCAACAGCCGAGUUGCUGGGAGCUAUCAAAUUAAUUAGAUUUAGCAAGAAGAAAAAUACACAUUUGCUGUUUGUUUUUAUCACCCCUGAGAAUUUUAAAGGUUGUGUUUCAGGGCACGGAGCUGACAUUACUCUAAAUGAACCAAUGACCAUCGAGAAAAUGAGUAUUGUGGUAAAGUACUGGAAAACCUAUUUCUCAAAUACUGCUAAGAUUGAAUAUUCUGUAAAGCCUGAAGAACCAGGAUUGCCCCUGCAGAAGUCCUGCAGUGAACAAUUGGGAUAUUUUUCUACUGAUCUAUUUGCUUGCUCUGGAUCUCUAAGAAAUGACUUUGGGCUUGAAUUAAAGGCUCCGUUGCCAGAUUUUGAAAAAAACAAAAAGAUAUCUCUUCUUCAUUCAAGCAAGGAAAAGCUAAGAAGAGAACGAAUCAAGUGUUGCUGUGAGCAGCUGCGUACUCUGUUGCCGUAUGUAAAGGGAAGAAAGAAUGACUCGGCUUCGAUUCUUGAGGCAACAGUUGAUUAUGUGAAGUACAUCCGGGAGAAAAUCCCCCCAGCCAUUAUGGGCCAGAUUACGGACAUACUUCAGAGCAAUAGGAGGUUUUGUAAGAAGCAGCAGAUGUCCAUCCAGCUAUCCCUCCCAGGCACGAUCACGGCACAAAGGGAAAACGGUGUGUUGACAAGCACUUAUUCACCUGUGAGAGGGAUCAGAUUCCUGACUAAUAAGUGCUUGAAUGUGUACUCUGUUCCUGCCUCAGGGGGCUCCUUGGAUGAAACUGUGAGAGGUCAGUCCAGCUCCACUUCAGAGAAUGCAAUUGGUGAUGUGUAUAAAACUCGAAUUCCCAGCAAAGCCCUCUCCCUUAAUUCCUUCCAUGCUGUCAGAUACUAUUCUAAAGUCAUCCCUUCCUAUGAUGCAGCUGCUGUAACAAAUCAGAACAUUUCAGUUCAUUUUCCAUCAGCUGUGCCCAGAGUCUCCAAGUUUCUUCCUCAGCAUUGCAAUGCUGUGCUGGGCCAGACGUGCACCACACAUCCCAACUGUCUGCAACAGUUUUGGGCAUAUUAA